AUGUGGACGCUAGGGCGCCGAGCGGCUGCCAGCCUCUUGCCCUGCUCGGCCCCACAGGGUUCUGCCCAGGCCCACGCCAGGGCCCUGCGGCCAAUGAAGGACCCCCAGCUCUAUGGCUGCCGGGGCCUGCGCACCGGGAUCGCUGCGGCCGGCACACCCAGUCAGCCCAGUCUGAGCCUCUGCUGCCUCAACCAGAUCCUGAAUGUCAAAAAGCAGUGUGUCUGUUGGAUGAAUUUGAGGACAAUGGGAACUUUGGAUGACGCUGGCCCUCUGGACGAUACCACCUAUGAAAGACUGGCCGAGGAGACGCUGGACUCCUUAGCAGGGUUUUUUGAAGACCUUGCAGACAAACCUUACACAUUUGAAGACUAUGAUGUCUCCUUUGGGAGUGGUGUUUUAACAAUUAAACUGGGUGGAGAUCUAGGAACGUACGUGAUCAACAAACAGACCCCAAACAAGAAAAUCUGGUUAUCUUCACCAUCCAGUGGCCCCAAGUGUUACGACUGGAUUGGGAGAAACUGGAUGUACUCCCACGAUGGUGUGUCCCUCCACGAGCUGCUGGCCACAGAGCUGACUCAAGCCUUAAAAACCAAAUUGGACUUAUCUUCUCUGGCCUACUCUGGAAAAGGCACUUGCUGCCCAGCCUAAUG